AUGGAAUCUCAGAAAGUGUGGGCCAAUGAUGUGAACGAUGGCUAUGUCUUGGGACGCAUUGUGGACAUCGGGCCAAACGGGCCCACCGUUCAGACCUUCAAUCACAAGCAAAUCCAAUCGACAUAUGAUGGGGUAUUUCCUGCCGAAGAGGACGAUAAUAAAGAAGUUGAAGACAAUUGUAAGACAACUGUUGAUAGAGAAUAG